UUUCCUCAAAACAUCACCAAACAUGAAAGUCAAACCUAAUCCUAUUUCUACUAUACACAAUUUCUUUCCCAUCAAAUCUCUCAUCACAAAUAGAACAACUUCUAACUCUACUAGAAUGUUCAAACAACAUGCCAAGAUUUUUUGUGUCUUUUCUCUAAUCACACUAUCUACCAUAUUUUUUCUCAUACAAAGUGAUCAUUUUAUCUACCAUGAAUCCCUCAAACUCCAUGCUACAAAUAAAGAACCUCUUGUCAUGUUACAAGCUCAAAGGUCAACUCUUAGUACUCUUGAUAAUCAUAAUCACAAUCACAAACCUUUAUUACAAUUCAUUUCCAUGCAAGAGAAGAAACUAAAUGAAGUUGAUUAUGCAAAUCCAAAAGUGCUAGUUGCUCCAUUAAACCUCAACAAAGAACAAAGAAUUGCAUGGUUUAAAGAGAAUCUACAAGAGUUCAAGAUUCUAAAGUCAAAUAAAUUGGCAAAACAAUUCCAUGCUAGAAUCCAACAAUUUCUCAAAAAGAAUUCAUGUGACACACAAUUCUUCAUGACAUGGAUUUCACCUUCAACUUCAUUUGGAGAAAGAGAGUUUUUGUCUAUAGAAAGUCUCUUCAAAGUCCAACCUCAAGCUUGCUUAACAAUUCUAUCAAGAAGUUUGGACUCAAUUCAUGGCUACAAAAUUCUCAAACCAUUCAUUGAUAAAGGCUUCAAAGUCCAAGCAAUAACACCAAACUUGCCAUUUUUGUUCAAAAGCACUCUAGCUGAAUCUUGGUUUCAUGAGUUAAGGAAAGGAAAAAGAGAUCCUGGUGAGAUUCCUUUGUUUCAAAAUCUAUCUAACUUGAUAAGACUAGCUAUUUUGUACAAAUAUGGUGGUGUCUAUUUAGACAUGGAUUUUAUACUAUUGAAGCCUUUAAAUGGUUUGAGGAAUUGUAUUGGAGCACAAAGCAUGGAUUUAGGGUUUAAACAUUGGACAAGAUUGAACAAUGCUGUUCUUAUUUUUGACAAGAAUCAUCCACUUCUUCUAAGGUUCAUUGAUGAAUUUGCUUUGACUUUUGAUGGAAACAAAUGGGGGCAUAAUGGUCCUUACCUUGUUUCUAGAGUUGUUGAAAAGCUUGGAAAGAGACAUGGUUUGGAUUUUACCAUUUUGCCACCCAUGGCCUUUUAUCCGGUUGAUUGGAUUAAGAUAGAUGGUUUCUUUAGGAAGGGUAAUAGUAGAGUUGAAGAAAAAUGGGUUGAAGCCAAAUUAAAUCAACUUGGUAGUGAAACUUAUGGUGUUCAUCUAUGGAAUAAACAAAGUAGUGGUUUGGUUAUUGAAGAAGGAAGUGUCAUAGCAAGACUUGUAUCAAAUCAUUGACUCAUUUGUAAUAGUUUUUUCUCUAAUGUAUAGGAACACUUGUGUCAUGUAAAGGCUAGCUUUGCAAGUUUUUUUGAAGGAAUCCUCUUUUAAGACACUUUUCUUGACUUGAUGGUUGCAAUGAUUUCCAUGAUGGUUUUAAAUUGUAGUCGCAUCAAAAUAUUUGAUAUUGUGGACAAUAGCUAUUAAAUGCAGCCUUAAUCGCCAAUGUUAUUUGUGUUUUUUUAAAAUUUAAUAUUUGAUCAUAUGACUGAUUAAUCUGAGAGAAUCAAUUUCACCGUCCACUAACAAAAUCUAUUUAAAGUCAAAGACAUGUAUGAAUUGGCCCAAUACAGGUUUUGUUAGUAUUUGGCAGAAUUCUAACCUGAAAUUUUGAGAAGAACAUACUCUCCGAUUUCAAAUCUUCGUCAACCGGCCAAAGAUUGCAUCAUGUUCUUUGAUAUUGCAAACAAUUGUGACCAAAAGCAACAAAUGAUGUCUUAAUUGUAGUCUUGUUGCUAUU